AAAUAUCACGCCAUAUCUCCCAGCUCUUACUUGCACCAAUCAUCUCCUUCUCUCUCUCUCUCUCUCUCUCCCUUUUAAUCAGCCAUGGAAGUCUCAUGGGAACAAAGUGUCACAGACUCUAUCAACACCAUUUACCUACUAUUCUCAGCUUACUUGGUCUUUGUUAUGCAACUUGGCUUUGCCAUGCUAUGUGCUGGCUCAGUCAGGGCCAAGAAUGCCAUGAACAUUAUGCUCACAAAUGUUGUUGAUGCAGUUGUUGGUAGCAUCUCUUAUUAUCUCUUUGGCUUUGCUUUUGCAUUUGGGGUUGGUUCCAGUUCUUCUAAUCCCUUCAUUGGUACCACUUUCUUUGCCCUUAAAGAUAUUCCCAACACUACUUAUGACUAUAACUUUUUUCUUUUCCAAUGGGCUUUUGCUAUAGCAGUUGCUGGAAUCACCAGUGGCUCAAUAGCUGAGCGAACCCAAUUCACUGCUUACCUUGUUUUCUCGUUUUUUCUUACUGGGUUUGUCUACCCAGUUGUGGCUCACUGGGUUUGGUCGUCAAACGGUUGGUUGAGUGCUAGUUCAAGUGAGUUGUUGUUUGGGUCUGGUGCCAUUGAUUUUGCAGGCAGUGGGGUGGUUCAUAUGCUAGGUGGGAUUGCUGGGCUUUGGGGCUCCUUCAUAGAAGGCCCCCGGGUGGGUAGGUUUGACGCAUUUGGAAAGCCCAUGCCAAUGCGUGGGCAUAAUGCAACUCUAGUGGUACUUGGUACAUUCUUGUUGUGGUUUGGAUGGUUCGGCUUUAACCCUGGCUCUUUUGAUAAGAUUCUUGUAGCCUACCCUAAUACAACUGAUCAAGGUAACUGGACUGCCAUUGGCCGAACUGCAGUGACUACGACGUUGGCAGGUUCAACUGCCGGAAUUACAACCCUAUUCGGCCGGCGGUUACUAGUAGGCCAUUGGGAUGCAUUAGAUGUUUGCAAUGGAGUGCUUGGUGGGUUUGUCGCAAUCACUUCUGGCUGUGCAGUUGUUGAGCCAUGGGCAGCAAUUGUGUGUGGGUUUUGCUCUGCUUGGGUCCUAAUUGGGUUGAAUAUUCUGGCCCUGAAGUUGCAAUUUGAUGACCCAUUGGAAGCAACUCAAUUGCAUGGGGGAUGUGGUGCUUGGGGAUUGAUAUUCACAGGGUUGUUUGCUAAGGAGGAAUUUGUGAUUCAAGCAUAUGAGUCAGGUGAGAGUGGCGUGGUGAGGCCUUAUGGCCUUCUAAUGGGUGGGGGAUGGGGUCUGAUUGGAUGCCAAGUGGUUCAGGUUCUAGUGAUAGUGUUGUGGGUGAGUUUGACGAUGGGACCUCUUUUCUAUGCUCUUCACAAGCUUCGGAUAUUGAGGAUAUCAAUUGAUGAAGAAGUUGCAGGGCUUGAUAUCUCUAGCCAUGGAGGCUAUGCCUACGUUGCUCAUCCAGAAGAUGAUCAACCCCGUUUUUACGCAGACUACAUGCGACUGCAAGCUCAAAAUCAAUCAUAAGUGCACGGCAUUUGCACACUUUGAUUUCAUCUCAUUAUUAUUCCUAUUCGUAAUCCCAGUUUGUUAAUAAAGAUGAAAUGCAAUCGUCAAAA